AUGCUCUGCAGACCUGCCCCUGCUGCCUUACAUCGAGGUGCAAGAUGUGCUCGGCCACGCCUUUGCUGCCAAACGCGCGGCAUCUCGCAGGACGAUAGCCAUGCCGCACUCUGCCGGGAGCUGUUGGUCCUAGCUGAGCGUGGCUCGGUGGUCCCUGCAGAGCGCCGACUGCAGAGUUUCGCGCCCUCGUCGCUGCUCAGCCCCACCGAAGGUGCCAUGUUCGCUGCGGCCGCGUCGCCUCUGCGCUUCCGCGGCGCCGCCUUCCGCAGCCUGCUGCUGGCGGCCAUCAAUGCCGGCGACGCGGAACGGACCGCAAGGUUUGCAGCGGGUUUUUCCAAGCUGCUCCCUGAUGGUUCCAGCUCGAUGACCAUGCAAGCAGAGCGAGACUCCCAGCUAGAGAACGCUCCGUCGGGUGCAGAAGUCCUGGGGCGCUUGCUUUGCCAAACCGAUGCAGAGAAGGCGACGCAGUGGCUGGCUUCUUUGCAUGGUGCGGGGCCACUGGCAGAGACGUUGCGACACCGACUUGCAGUGCAUGCCGCAAGACACUAUCGGGACUUGGAGAGGGCGUGGUCACAGCUGCUGUCGUCAUCAGUGGUGGUGGAGGAUGCGGCAGCUGCCUCGCAACAAGCGCUCCAACGCCUGGCACAAGGCCCAGAACCUCUGCGAACAGAGCUCUGGCUACAACGCCUCGAGGGCGCUGCUGGACCAUGGCCCAUCGAUCAGGACACUGGAUUGUUGGCCGCCGCUCGACAGGGCCGGCCCCGCGCGACGCUGCGAUUCUUGCGCCGUCGUGCGGGCCACCUUCGGGCCUGGCUCCGGAACGGCACCAGCACCAGAAAUGAGGAUCAGUCUGCUGGACUGGAUCAGAAGAUGUUGGUUUUUCUUGCCUGCGAGCGUGGUGGCCAGAGUGGUUUGGCAGUCCAGUGGCUUCGUUGUAUCCAAGCAGCCGGUCAUGUGCCGCAAGUCCAAUACUUUGCGUACACAAUGAGGGCACUUGCAAAGGAAGGCUUGGCCAGGGAUGCAGAGAGAUGCUUUCGGGACAUGGUGCGCUGCUUGGAAGCAACGACCAGCGAGUACACGAUUUUGAUCCGUGCUUGCGCAAAACUGGGUGACUCCAAACGAGCGCUUGCCUGGAUCACGCGGAUGCAUGCUGCUUUUGUAAAUGUGGAUGUCUUUGGAUACAACGGCUUGCUUGGAGCAUAUGCGGCAGAAGCAGAUUUCCAAUCCGCCUUCAAGCUGAUCAAGGACAUGGAGUGUGGAGUCCUGAAUGGUGUAAGCCCGGAUGCGGCAAGCUUUGCAGCGGCGGCCAAUGCCGCUUGCACAGCCGCAUCUUUCUCCACCACCCGAGCAAGGCGCCAUUUUUUGGAUGCCGCUGAACAGUUGGCUGAACGCAGCCGAGCAGCCAUGGUGGAGGUGGACGGCGCUGUCUACCAAAGGAUCCUGAGACACAGCGCCCGACACGGCGACGCAGAACGCGUGGGUCGUUUCCUUCGCCGGAUGUCUUCCUUGAGCAUGGAGCCCGGCCCUUCGGCGCUUCUGGAGGCUCUACAAGCUUCUGGCGCCGCGCCUUUCCUCGGCUCUGCAUUGGACCUUGCUGACGGCUUGGGAAAUCGAGGAGCGAUCUUGCUUGCACGUCCUUUUGCAGAGCUUGGCGACUGGCGUGGGGUGCAGAGGCUCCAGACCACGGCGACCGCAGUGUCCGCGGUGUCCGCAGUGUCCGCGGCCGAGCCGGCUUCUGUUUGGCCCAUGCUGCGACUCGCGGCCCUGGCUGAGGCUGUUCCGAGGAGGCGGCAGAGGUGCCUGGAAGCUGCGGGAGACUUCUUGCUGGCUGGGGGGCGUUUGUCAGCUCAGGACGACGAUGAAGUUUGCUCGGCCGCGGCCGUGCUGCUACGACGCGGCCUCGGUGGCCGUGCCGUCCGGGAAAGGCGGCGAAGCGCAGCGGCAGCGGCCCCACUCACAAACCACGCGGGCCUCGCGGGCUGCAGGCACAGCCAUUUGAUCUGCGCUGGCCGUGUGAGUGCUGCAUUGGAUUCUGGAGACCCACGGCGUGCGGAGGCUUGGCUUUGCAGGAAGGAUUCAUGGAGGGACCACAUAGUGGUGCUGCUCGUGCUGGUCAUGCGGCGACAGGAGGACAUGAGGCGGAGGUCUGUGGAGGACAGAGGCAAGCCUAGUCCGCAGCAGAGAUAUCGGGAAUCCGCAGAGGAGCGUGGUCUUGCGGCAGCGGCUCGACUUGCAGCAGCUGUGGCAGCUGCGACAAGCCACCACCCGGCGCAAGCUGCUCAUGCGCACCCGCCUGGGGAGAAGUUUCGGCUACGGCGGCACAGCGCUAUCGGCUGCCGAACAGUGCCUGGGCAGCCCACGCCCCCCGUGCGACAGGCUUGGGGUGCACCACCUGAGGCUCCCAAGGAGGCGAGGCCGUGCCUCGCACUGGGUGCACCUCCCCAUUACGGCCACGUCUGGCACGUGCACAGAGCGCCCGACGUCCUGCGAGACCGCCAGCACCCCUUCGGGCACGCAGCGCUGAUCCCCGCCGGCGUCAAGAGGGAGGCUUUGCCAAGCACUGCCAGGUCAGGGCGCGGCAAGCCCCAGGAGCGGACUUUGGGCCUGCUCUUAUGGGCCUACGAACCACCUGUGCAUUGCCGUGCAAUGGGAGGCACACAGCAGCGCGACGCAGCACUGGGCAGAUCCUCACUGCUGCGGCUGCAGCUGUGGGACGGCGUGCGAGCACAGGGAGCAUGA